AUGAGGGUUGCUAUUGUCACAAGAGCAAACCAAUUUUUCAUUGAAGUUGGUGCCCAAGAAACAGUUGUAGCAAUCAAGAAGAAAAUAGAGCAACUUCAUGGGGUUCCAGUGGCUUCACAAGUCCUAUCAGUUACUGGGUGGGAACUAGUUGAUGGAUUAGACAUGGAUGAUUAUCCAAUAGUGACUGAAGGUACAAAAAUUGACCUCACCAUUAAACCAGCAGAGCCACACCCUAACAAAAUGCAAAUCACAGUGAAAUUUUCAGCUAAAAAGCUCAGCAUUGAGGUGGACAGAACUGACACUGUUCGUAGCUUGAAGGAAAAAAUUCACAUCAUUGAUAGCACCCCCAUCAAAAGAAUGACACUUUACUUUUCUGGGACUGAACUGGAUGAAGAUUUUAGAACCUUGAGUGAAUAUGGCAUACGUGAAUUUUCUGAGAUUGUGGCGUUCCUCAAGACCAUGAAUCGAUCAAGAGAUGAACCUCCCACAAGGAAGUUAACCUUCGUUGUACAAACUUCUUCUAGCUUGCUUAAUGAAGCCACCAUUCCACUGGAGAUGAGAGAUGCAAACACAGUGAACGAGUUGAAGCAGUUACUGAUAAGCAGAAAGAUUCUGCCUGGUGAUGACUAUUUGUUUAUACACAGACAGAGGAUCAUGCGUGAUAGUUGUAGCCUCAGGUGGCAUGGAGUUGAAAAUGGAGACUGUCUCUAUGUGUUUAAGGGCACAGUUAGCACUGGUGGGUUUGCAUGAGCUUAAUUCUAGGUAUAAUAACUAUACAGUGUUGAAACAUUUCUUUACAUUAUUGUUUGUUACAUCUAGAGUUACAAGAGGAGACAACAUUC